UGUUUUACUAUUUCAACCUUUUGCAUCAAAGCAAAUUUUGCUACCAGAUGAAGUCAACUGCAUGUUUGUUAAAACACUUCUCAGGAUGUGCAAAGUGAACUAUGAAGUGAAAGAAACAUUGAAUGCUGAAGAUAUGUCACCUUCAAGUACUAUAGGAAAAGUUCCAUUUAUUAAGUGUGGUACUAUUCUAGUAUCAGAUGUGGAAACGAUAACAAGAUUCUUUCAGGGAAAAUCACCGUCAAGACACUUGGACGUUUCCUCACUCAAUGACAUGAAGGUGUACACUUCUCUGUUGACAAAGCUCUUUAAUGCUGAGCUGUACCUAUGCUGGAUGGAUGAAAGAAUCUUCACAACUUACACCAAGGUGAGGAGUGGCUUCAAGCGGCCUUUUCCUCUAGACUGGGUGCUCACCUCACGGAAGUAUAAGCAAGUCUCCAAAUAUCUCGACCGCUUUCAUUUAACCACCGGAGAGGCGGUUUUUCAAGUGGAUAAAUGCUGCAAAACACUUUCAACUAGACUUGGCGACGAAAAGUAUUUCUUCAGAGACCAGGCUACAGAGUUGGAUGCGUUGGUUUUUGCUCAUGUCCACACAAUUCUGUCCUCCACUCCUACCUUCAGUAAGAUUGCUGAUGUCGUCAAAACCUACCCCAAUCUUGUUGACCACUCGUUAAGAAUUCAUGAAGAAUUUUUUAGUGGAGCCAAUACCAAUACCACCUCACUCAAAGUUGUUACAAAACUGAUUUGAAAUUUCUAAUAAACAACCAAAUACUCGUUGUUA